AUGGCAAUUCUCCAAUCACUCAAUGCAGUAUUCCCACAAGCAUCGAUUCUUCCCGACAAAUUAUCGAUUAUAAAAACAGCAAAUUACGCUCAAAUUCCUUCAUGGAUAUCUCUCAGCCGCAAAUCCAAUGAUUUUCAACUCAAAAACCCCGAAAUUCAGCAAGGGAAUCUUGAAAAUGUCCACUUAAUUUCCCUUUCCAAACAAGGAAAACUCAAAGAAGCCGAUGAGUUCCUUCAAGAAAUGGACCGGUCUAAUAUUCCGGUUACGCCUCAAUCAUACAAGCAAUUGCUUGAAACUUGUGCAAGUUUAAGGAGCUUGCGUUAUGGAAAGUCAGUUCAUGAUCGGAUAAAAAGAUUAGAAAAAUACCCACCUGCGUUCCUUGAAAAUCAUGUUCUGCAAAUGUAUUGUGAGUGUGGAAAUCUUUCGGAUGCUCGGAAACUGUUUGAUGAAAUACGUGAAAGAACUUUGGAUUCAUGGGUGAUAACUAUAUCUGCUUAUGCAGACGAGGGACUGUUAGAGAAUGCUCUGGAUUUGUACUUGGAAAUGCGGGAUUUAGAUGUUAAGGCUAACCCUUCAAUUUAUAUCAGUCUUUUGAAGUCUCUUUCUGAUUUUUCGUAUUUGGAGCUCGGGAAACAGAUGCAUUGUCAGGUGAUUAAGGCUGGAUUUACUGAAAACGUGUCUAUGGACACCACCAUAUGUAAUAUGUACGUGAAAUGCGGGCGUUUGGAAGCUGCUGAGCGUGUUUUUAAUUUGAUGCGUGAAAAAAAUGCCGUAGGUUGGACAACGAUGAUGGUGGGUUAUAAUCAAGCUGAUAGGGCAGAGGAUGCCUUGAGAUUUUUCUGUAGGAUGGUGGCGGAGGGCAUUGAACUGGAUGCAUUUGUGUUUUCGAUUACUCUCAAAGUUUCUUGGGUUUGA